AUGGUAAUCAAUGGGGUCUGGAGGGCAGGAGCAGCAGUCAUCACCAUCAAACAGACUGUCCAGGGUCAGACUCUGCCUCAUGAGACGUCUACUCAGAGAGCUGAGCUGAUUGCCCUCAUAUGGGCCUUACAAGAAGGAAAGCACAAAGAGCUUGCAAACAAGGGCAGUGAGGCUCUUUGGAAAUAUGCCUUCUCAGGCACCAUGCAGUUCACCCACAUAGCACAGCCUAGCAUGCCUUGGAUUAUAAAGGCACCAGUGCCUGAGCCUCCCCAAGUCAACCCCAUGCCCCCAUCAGAUACAGAUAGUGUGGAAGUCAGUGCCUCGCAGGCCUCCCUUCCCCCGGCCUUUUCUAUAGAGAAACCUCGGGGCACGACACACCUCUCCCACACCCAGCAACAAAGCCAAGUGGUUCAAGAGCACCGGGCUGCAAGUCCAUGUCAUUGUGAGAGACUCAGGUACCCAGAAAGCAAUGCUUACAAAAUUCAGGUCUCCUUUGGUUUUUACCGGGAGACCUUCUUCAGUCUUCUCACGCUUACGAUUGUCUCCGUCCAAGUCUUUGAACGAGACAAGAUCCUGGAAACAUUAGAUACCACACUGACCAUCCGCAAUGAGCGGUAUGUAUCGAGAGUAAUAUACUGUUUCUUAAUAGUGUUGGAAGUUUCAGUUCCUCCCGAAAUUGACAUGGACUUGGGCUUCAGCUUGGAGCUCAGCCACUGUUACUGCCCAUACUGCUGCGAGAAGAAGUCACCCUAUGGCUGCUAUGGAGGGCAGGAGGAUCCCAUAUCUCCAGAUACUGUGUGCAAAAUCCCUUUUGAUGAAGAGCAUAAAAUCAAGAUCUUCCUUACCUGGCAGUCUCUCCUUUGUGAAACCUCAAUAUGUUACUAUGUUGAUUUUCAUAUCUUCAGCAUUCACUUAGCAUCUUCCAGCGAUCUUCUGUGCAGUGGACCCCACCUCAACAGCAGCACAGUUCAGAUGGCCUCCAGGCACAUGGGAGGCCUGAUUUUGAAUGAUUCACAGAUACACAUGCAUGUGGGGCUCUUAUAGGACUAAUAUUCCUGUAAAUUGAACAUUUUAAGUAAAUCCAUGU